UUCUGAUUGUCUUGUGUCGAAAGGAGAGUGGACAAAAUGCAGGACAUCCUCUCGACACACUCGAGACCUUUGACCCUCCAGUGAUUAGUGUUCUUAAAAACAUAAAUGAGCUCAUGAUUGUGGUCAGCGUUCACUUUUGAGCAUUCCUGAAGGAGAAUAUCUACAGAUAAAGCCCUGAUGGUCUUUGAACUUCAGUUGUUGUCAUAGGCCGGAACAGAGUUCAUACACACGACGCACAUUAGGGCUUUCGCAGGGGAGUUGAGCGUUAGAAAUCCUAGGGUUAUUAUACUGAAUCUUCGAUAGAAAUGGACCCUCAGGUACCCAAAGACAAAUAUAAUGGCGUGUGGUUGAUUUUCUUCAUGUUGGGGUUAGGUACUCUUCUGCCAUGGAACUUCUUCAUGACUGCUACCAUGUAUUUCACCAGUCGUCUCGCAGACCCUCAGCCUUUGAAUGAAGGAAACUUCUCGACCAGUCAGACUGAAAAAGACACACGGAGUGUUUUGCAAGCGAAAUUUAAUAAUGUGAUGACGUUGUGUGCUAUGGUUCCUCUACUGGUGUUCACAUGCCUUAACUCGGUGCUUCACCAAAGAAUUCCUCAGAAGAUCAGAAUCGCCGGCAGUUUGAUGGUGAUUCUGCUGGUAUUCUUGUUGACCGCUAUCCUGGUGAAAGUACAUUUGGAACCGUUGCACUUCUUUGUGAUCACCAUGAUCAAAAUCAUCUGCAUUAACUCAUUUGGAGCUGUCCUGCAGGGAAGUCUCUUUGGAAUGGCUGGUCUCCUACCAGCUUCAUAUACAACACCAAUCAUGAGUGGACAAGGGCUUGCGGGAACAUUCGCUGCUUUCUCCAUGAUCUGUGCCAUCGCCAGUGGUUCUGCUUUGCAGGACAGUGCGUUUGGAUACUUCAUCACGGCAUGUGCUGUUAUCGCCCUUGCAAUCGCAUCAUAUGUUGCUCUUCCUAAACUGGUGUUCUUUCAGUACUUCCAGAAGAGCAACCAGAACAAACCAUCUGAAGAUGAAGAAAACAAGAUGGAUUUGCUGAAAAAAGAUCAGAGCAAACAGGGUGUCAGUACUGCAGAGGAGGACAAGCAAACACAUUCCUUCUUGGGCAUCUUUAAAAAGAUAUGGGUUGUUGCUCUCUCUGUGUGUCUUGCCUUCACGAUCACUAUUGGAUUGUUUCCUGCUGUCACCGCUGAUGUUAAAUCUACAAUUGCUAAUGGGGGAGUUUGGGAAAAGUAUUUCACACCUGUGUCUUGUUUCCUGUUCUUCAACGUUUUUGACUGGGCGGGCCGCAGUCUCACCGCAGUGUGUAUGUGGCCCGGUAAAGACAGCAAACUGCUCCCCGGUCUGUUAUUGGCCCGUGUGAUAUUUGUUCCUCUGUUUAUGCUGUGUAAUGUUCAACCGCGGUCAAAUCUGCCCGUCUACUUCACGCACGAUGGCUGGUUCAUCACAUUCAUGAUUCUCUUCGCCUUUUCCAAUGGAUAUCUGGCCAGCCUCUGCAUGUGCUUUGGACCCAAGAAAGUAGAUCCGAGCGAGGCGGAAACAGCUGGAACGAUCAUGGCCUUCUUCCUGUCACUCGGCCUUGCUCUCGGAGCAUCUCUCUCGUUUCUGUUCCGUGGGCUCGUCUGAAGUCACUGUGGACGCCACACAUAUCCUCCACAAAAACAGACUGUGAAUGAAUUUAUAGAGCAUUACAGCUGCUCUCCUCGGCUGUUUGACUCACAGAUGUUGCCAGGCCACAGAAAAUUCAGCAUAACCAUCCGCAGAUUUCUGCAGAAUUCUAACAUUUGGCAUUUUCAAAGUUCUAUACAUUUAGUCAUUUAAUAAUUUGGCUAAUUUGAUAAUGCUUUCAGCUAUUAAAAAAAAAAAAGUGUAGGACUCUCAGAAAAAUGAGUAAUGUCCCAUAUAGUAACAACAUGGGAUGAGACAAUCCUUUUGAAGCACAUUUUUUGUCAAAAAUGAAACCUUUGUGUCCAUAUACUGCCUUAAAUUUAAAGUAUUUUAGUUUUUUUUUUUGAAUUGGUAGUAUUAUUAUAAUCAUGUUUAAAAAUUCUUGUUUUAGCACCCAUUAACAUUUUUAAAUUGAUUGUACAUUGGUAUUACAGCUGCAUUGAAAAUAUAUUUAAAACAUGACUUCCAUUACAAUACACGCAAAUAAGAUAAUGCUUUUGUUUAUUUUUUCUUUAUAUGAGUUUAUGUAAAGAAAA